AUGGGGCAAGCUAUCCAAAAAUCUGGUGUGGUGCUGCAAUCAGAAUUUUCCCAAGAUGUUCGAUCUCUUAUGAGUGGUAACAAAGAAAAACGCACUCCAUUUAUGAAGUUAUUCUGGCAACAACAGCAAGAAAGCAUUUACCAAGAGUCCAAAUGCAAUCAGAUAUCAUCCAAUGAUCAUACGGUUCUGCCUGUCAUUGGCUGCCAAAUCUGCCUCAGCGUAUGAGGAACUGAGAAAUUCAAAGGUGCUUACAUUACCUAGUAGGAGGACAUUGCGGGACUAUCGAAAUGUCAUUACACCAUCCAUUGGAUUUAAUCCUGCUCUGGUACAGGAACUUUGUCAAACAACUAAAUCCCUGACAGGUAUCCAGAGGUUUGUUGUUUUGGCUUUUGAUGAAAUGAAAGUGCAAUCUAAACUAGUAUUUAAUAAGAACACUGGAGAUUUAGUUGGAUUUUUAGACUUAGGAGAUCCAGAUAUCAACUUCACAGCCUUUGAUGAUGCUGAAGAAUUAGCAAGCCAUGCAUUAGAAGAAUUAGCAAGCCAUGCACUUUUACAUUUGGGGAAUUGCCAGUGA